AUGGUCGAAGGUAAAGGAUUUUAAUUUUAUUUAUUUUUAGUUAAAAAUGAAAAAAAAUCAAUUCCAUUUCUUUUUAAAUUCUUGUACGUACCCUUUCAGAAGGGAACAAAGAUGAGCGCACCGAGCUGGUCGAGGCUAAAUCUUGGUCGGAAAUGGCUAGACUAUGGCCAAUUCACACUUUUUGCAUUAUUGGCAAUGAGUUCUGUGAACGUUUCUCCUUCUAUGGUAUGCGUACUGUACUGACACUGUACCUGUUGAACGUUUUAAAGUAUAACGAGAACCAAUCGACCAUUUUCUUUACCAUUUUCACUGCUUCCUGCUAUUUUACACCUCUUUUUGGGUCGAUUUUGGCUGAUUCUUACAUUGGGAAGUUUAAGUGAGUUAGUUUUUUGUCUAUAUACCGUUUUGUUAGCUUACAGUAUCUUGCUGUCUCAAAAAAGGCUUAACCAGAAAAAUAUUUUUUUUCCCAAAAUGUAUUUAAAUUUUAAAAAAAGUCUAAACAAUUAAUGCCAUUCAGAACAAUCAUAUCAGUGUCGAUAGUCUACACUCUUGGCCAGAUACUCCUUGCUUGGGCUUCAGUGUACGACCAAAAAUGGCAACUCCAUCCUUAUUUGGACCUGUUUGGUCUCUUUGUUAUUGCUGUUGGUACUGGUGGUAUCAAACCAUGUGUAUCGCCGUUCGGAGGAGACCAAUUUGAUAAGCAUCAGGUUACCAUGACCUCACUAUUCUUCUCAGUAUUUUACUUUUCUAUUAAUGCUGGAUCAAUGAUCUCGACUUUUGUGGCUCCUAUCUUUAGAGGUUGGUAUGGUGUUUACGUUUUACACUAUAGUAGUUUAAUGCUUUACUUAACAGUACUCAUUUUUAAGACGUCAAAAGCUAUUUUAAAUUUAAAAAAAUUUUCAGCUACACCUUGUUUGGGCCAAGACACAUGUUAUCCUAUGGCUUUUGGCAUUCCGGCCGUUUUGAUGAUUGUUGCUACUGGUAGGCAUAAUUUUAUAUUUAAAAAAACCUUGGUAUAAGGUUGUUCAAAAAACUUUAAAUAUUUGAACAGCCUUUUAAAUUUUUUUUUCUUAUUUACUUUUAAAAUUUAACUUUUAGUUGUGUUUCUUCUGGGAAGUCCUUGGUAUCGCCGUGGACAAAGCGGUACCAAUGUUCUUAAAGAUACCUCAGUUUGUAUAUUGGUAAGUAGCUUAACUUUCAAAAGUUUAUUACCAAAAGUAUUAAAUUUUUAAUUCUUAUUAUCUAAAGUCUUGAAUUUUGAAAUUUUAUUACCUAAUAUAUUAAGUUAUAUACUUAUGUUUUAAAUUUUAUAGUUUUAUUAACUGAAACCUUAAACCUGGAAAUAUUAUUGCCUAUGUAAUUUAUUAAAGCUAACUUCAGAAAGCCCUGAAAAACAAGACAAGGGCCAAAGAAUCCCGUCCACAUUGGUUAGAAUACGCCUUGACUGGUCAUGAAUGUAGAACUUCAAUUAAAUGUUUGAAAUUGAAGAAACGUCUUCAAGAUCCAACAGCUUGUGCAGAAAAGAAGUUUGUAAAUGAUGUGAAGACUCUACUUAAUGUAUCGGUUAUGUUCUUACCACUGAUCGUGUUUUGGACGUUAUACGAUCAACAGGGCUCCGUUUGGACUAUUCAGGUAGGUUUGUAAAGUUUAUGUUUAAUUACUAAUAUAGUUAUGGCAUAGCCUAGGGAUAAGAAAGGGAGCGGGCCGGUCUUGAAAAGAUUGGAAACGAGCCGGGCCUUAAGUUUGCAUACGGCCGAAAAAGUAGGGUUGGCCCGUUGUCUACCUUAAGCUUACAAUUAAUCAAAAAAAUUUUGGAUUGCUGUCCUAAAAUGAACUAAAAUCAGUUUAAAACUGGCAAUAUGUAAUCAAUUAAAAAUUUAAAAGUUUAUUUAAUUAUUCGUGUUUCUAGGCCAUUCAAAUGGACUGUCGUUUGUGGUGGGGCAUAGACCUUUUGCCAGAUCAAAUGCAAACUUUGAAUGCCAUUUUGAUUCUGGUCAUGAUUCCUAUCUUCUCAGCUGUCGUGUAUCCGUUGACUGAGAAAGUUGUCAAAGUGACGUGAGUUUUAAAUGCUACGAAUUUAAGAAAAUGGUCUUGUUGAGUACUAAGAGGUACAACUACUACGACUUAUACCGAAACUUUUGUGUAACGAACACAUUUAACACUUUAAUGCUAUUUGUUACACAGGAGUUUCGGCGUAUGUUAAGAUCUAAGUUUUGCAAAAAUUUACAGGCCUUUACGGAAGAUGGGUACUGGUGGAAUGUUGGCUGCUUUGGCAUUUGUCAUCUCUGGCUUUGUUCAAUUGAAAGUUAAUGUAAGGAUUUUCAUCUGUACCUUGUUCUCUUGGAUACUGACUCUUUUCCUUUACCCCCGUUCCUUCAUAUAAGCUUACUUUUUAUACUCUACUUUUUGUCAAUAUUUACCCCUUCUUCCGUUAUUUACCUCAUCCAUUCUAUUUAUAUUUAUUCUUCCCCCUCCUCCCCAUUUGUGCUAAAAUUUCGUUUCCAGACCACCCUGCCUAUCAUACCACACAAAGGCUUCAACUACGUUACAGUAUUCAACAACAUUCCCGAGUGUACGGUAACUGCUUGGGUUAAAGACGACCUUAACACUACAGUAGUUGUGGAUCCAUACUCAGCCAUGGAGAAUACGGUAGAAAGUGUACGGUUGUUUAACGUUGAGGCUGGUAUGACAACGUUUAAUUUCAAAUAUAAUGGCAGUGGUUGUGUAACUGACGUACUGCCUGAUCAUAUUGAAGUAGAUGUGGUUGCUGUGGAUAAGAAAGCGCCUUCUGUUGGGUAUAUUCAUCUUAGUGAUCAUGGGGUGUUUUACAGUACUACGUCGGCCGAAAAGCCUCAGCAAGGCACUGGAGAACAUAGCUUGUCGUAGGUGUUUGGAGGCCUAUUUUGGCAGUGUUUAUGUUAUAUUAUACAUAUAUUAUAAUUGAUACAGUACAUAGCUAUGAAAUUAUUGAUCAAAAUUUUAAGUUUUUAUUGUGGUACACAUACCACACUGUAUUACUUUUAAAAUUUUUGUAUUUUAGUGUUAUCAUAGCCACAUCAGAAGCUAAUUUUACGAAGAACAUCGCCGUAUGUCGUGUGAAAGAGGACAAUGACACAAGGUAUCCAUGUGAUCCUACAAUAUCUGAAGAUUUUUACUACUACCAAGUCGACUAUAAUGACGGUGAUGCUACUGACAUUGACGGCAAAUACCCAUAUUACACUAAAAAUGGUGUGGCUAAGGAUUCUGUAGCCACAGUAUUUGUUCCCACGGCUGUGAGGACGGGGACGUAAGUUGGGUCUUGUAGAACAACAUUAGUCCGUUCACUUAGUUCUGCGCCAUUUGACGCAAUAUACAAAAAAAAUAUAGCAGAUCCCGUACUUAAAAUUCCUAAUAUAAUUCAUAUAAACGUUACCUUUACCUGCAGAUGGCACCUGUACUAUAUGAACGAAACUCCCAAGUCGGUAGGUCAUCAAACCUUGCCAAAAGAGAACCUCACCCUAACUGACACUGGAGUAGAAUACGUCAAGGAGACUCAAGGCGGAGUAUAUUUGAUGUCGUUGACUGGGCAACAUUCUAGUCCAGUCGCGGCCAUGUUCCAGUCUGUUUCCGACAAUAAAAUCUCAAUUUUGUGGCAAGUGCCGCAAAUCGUGGUAAUCACCGCGGCCGAAAUUAUGUUUUCCAUCACUGGAAACGAGUUUUCUUACACUGAAGCUGCGGUUUCUAUGAAGUCCGUGGUUGGUAAGUGUAAUAUUAGGCUAAAGUAUUGUAGGGUAGGGUUGGGUAGGGAAGGUUGUUUUAUAGGGUAAAUUAGGGGGUAUGGUACGGUUGGGGAGGGUAUGGUGGAAUUGUAGAGUGGGAUAGCGCAGGGUAAGAUAAGGCGUGGUAGAAUAGAUUAAGCUAGGCUAUUUUAGUUUAUGGAAGGGUAGAGUAAAUUCAAAAACUUUCUUUACACCCCCAUCUUCAGGAGCUCUCUUCCUUCUAACCAGCUGUCUCGGUGAUCUUCUAAUCGUCAUAAUCACGGCCAUAGACCCAUUUGAUGACACUGCUACCGCCGCCUUUUUCUAUGCCGGAUUUAUGACUGUAGUCAUAGGCAUCUUCAUUCUGUUAGCAGCUUAUUUCUAUGAGUAUGCUCACUUUGGAAAUGAGCCCAAUAUGGAAUCAUUGGAAGAUGAGGAUGAUGAUGAAGAUGAUUGGAAACUAAUGGCUGAAUUCAAUGGGGAAUUGGACGAUAAAACAAGGUUGUAA